GGAGGGGCCUUUGCAGCAGGUGGGCAGGUGGCUGCGGCUAACGGGCUUUAGCGGGGAGACUCCGACUUGGGGAGAAGUGGGUGGAUCUCCUAGAAUCCAGUAGGAUCCGGCAAAAUCCAGCUUUUACCCACACCCGCCGAGUGACCUACACACAAGACAACGCAGCCGCGCUGAACCAAUGUCAGGCUGCUGAACAGGGAACGAGCGGCGGCAGGAGGAGGGAGAGAGAGCGCCAGCCAGCCUUGCACACCCAGCAUGUAAACAAUACAUGGAAGUUACCAAGUAAUGCGGAGGCAGGGAGCCGCCACAGCAGCCCAAGGUGCGAGCGGGGCGCCUGGAGCAUCCCCCAACUAACCCCUUCCUCCCCCCCUCCCGCCCCCGAAGAGCCGAGUGCCCAGUUUCCUAGAGGGAGAGGGGAGCGGAAUCGGAUACAGUCACACGCCGAGGAAGAGGAGGGAGGCGGCGGCGGCGGCGGCUUGGAGGCAGCCAGGGCAGAAGAGGAUGGAUUUCCAGCAGCUGGCUGACGUUGCGGAUAAAUGGUGCUCCAACACCCCCUUCGAGCUCAUCGCCACCGAGGAGACGGAGAGGAGGAUGGAUUUCUACGCCGAUCCAGGCGUUUCCUUUUACGUCCUGUGUCCUGAUAACGGCUGUGGGGACAGUUUUCACGUGUGGAGUGAAAGUGAGGACUGCUUGCCUUUCCUGCAGUUGGCUCAGGACUACAUAUCUUCCUGUGGUAAAAAGACACUGCAUGAAAUACUGGAAAAAGUCUUCAAAUCAUUCAGACCUCUAUUGGGGCUUCCAGAUGUAGACGACGAUGCAUUUGAAGAAUAUAACGCAGAUGUGGAAGAAGAAGAGGCAGAAGCCGAUCACCAGCAAAUGGGUGUCAGUCAGCAGUAAUUUUUGGAGGAAUUAAAAAUAUAUUUUAUCCUACCAGGUGGGGUCUUAUGCUUCUGCAUUAGCAUUUUUGAAUUAGCACAUCACACUGGAAGAUCUGGCCUCCCAAAUCCAAGAGUUUGAAAGAAAGAAAAACCAACAAUCCUUUUGAUAAGUCUGUGAUGAGCUUUGCUAAGAAGUGGCCUGAAUUUCACUCCUGCUUCAGUGAGGUUUCUAUGGUGUUGUCUCGGUAGCAUUCUGCCAUUGUUAACUUAGAAUUAGUUUUUCCUUGCUGACUUGUCUCUCUCUUUUUUGUUUUGUUGUUUUAACUUUUAUUAUUUUUAUUUUGUUUGUACAGGAGAACUAACAUUUCACUGACCUGAAUGUGAUUUGAAUGUAGGAACUAUUUGGUUGGUGUGUUUACUCACAUGACCUUACUGAGGACCAUCCAUGCAGAGAAUAAAUGCAAUCUGCACUUUC